AGCGGAUGUUAUUAUUAUUCACUUCCGGGUGAGACCACUCAGGCGCCAUCUUGUCUUGUUCGUGAAGAAGUGGAAGCAUCGGAAGGGUUGGAGAGGUAUUACAGGAACGGUGGCGACAACGGUGUUCCGGAACCAGAGUGGGGCGUAAGUAAUCUUGCUGCUAUGCUUCCGAGCUGCAGUCUGAGUCAACCGAAAUUUUAAACAGAAGGUGAACCUCUGAGAAAAUUAAAUAUAUUUUUAAAGUCAAGAUGUGGGAUCAAGGAGGACAGCCUUGGCAGCAGUGGCCCCUGAACCAGCAACAGUGGAUGCAGUCAUUCCAGCAUCAGCAGGAUCCAAGUCAGAUUGACUGGGCUGCAUUGGCUCAAGCUUGGAUUGCCCAAAGAGAAGCUUCAGGACAGCAAAGCAUGGUGGAACAACCACCAGGAAUGAUGCCAAAUGGACAAGAUAUGUCUACAAUGGAAUCUGGUCCAAACAAUCAUGGGAAUUUUCAAGGAGAUUCAAACUUUAACAGAAUGUGGCAACCAGAAUGGGGAAUGCAUCAGCAACCCCCACACCCCCCUCCAGAUCAGCCAUGGAUGCCACCAACACCAGGCCCAAUGGACAUUGUUCCUCCUUCCGAAGACAGCAACAGUCAGGACAGUGGGGAAUUUGCCCCUGACAACAGGCAUAUAUUUAACCAGAACAAUCACAACUUUGGUGGACCACCCGAUAAUUUUGCAGUGGGGCCAGUGAACCAGUUUGACUAUCAGCAUGGGGCUGCUUUUGGUCCACCGCAAGGUGGAUUUCAUCCUCCUUAUUGGCAACCAGGACCUCCAGGACCUCCGGCACCUCCCCAGAAUCGAAGAGAAAGGCCAUCAUCAUUCAGGGAUCGGCAGCGUUCACCUAUUGCACUUCCUGUGAAGCAGGAGCCUCCACAAAUUGAUGCAGUAAAACGCAGAACUCUUCCAGCUUGGAUCCGAGAAGGUCUUGAAAAAAUGGAACGUGAAAAGCAGAAGAAGUUGGAGAAAGAAAGAAUGGAACAACAACGUUCACAAUUGUCCAAAAAAGAAAAGAAGGCCACAGAAGAUGCUGAAGGAGGAGAUGGCCCUCGUUUACCUCAGAGAAGUAAAUUUGAUAGUGAUGAGGAAGAUGAAGACACUGAAAAUGUUGAGGCUGCAAGCAGUGGAAAAGUCACCAGAAGUCCAUCUCCAGUUCCUCAAGAAGAGCAGAGUGAACCUGAGAUGACUGAAGAAGAGAAAGAGUACCAAAUGAUGUUGCUGACAAAAAUGCUUCUGACUGAAAUUCUACUGGAUGUCACAGAUGAAGAAAUUUAUUACGUAGCCAAAGAUGCACAUCGGAAAGCAACAAAAGCUCCUGCAAAACAGCUGGCACAGUCCAGUGCACUGGCUUCCCUCACUGGACUCGGUGGACUGGGUGGUUAUGGAUCAGGAGACAGUGAAGAUGAGAGGAGUGACAGGGGCUCUGAGUCAUCUGACACUGAUGAUGAGGAAUUACGGCACCGAAUCCGGCAAAAACAGGAAGCUUUUUGGAGAAAAGAAAAAGAACAGCAGCUGUUACAUGAUAAACAGAUGGAAGUAUUUUUGUCUUUUUCUGUUUCAGAAGAAAAGCAACAAACAGAAAGGGUUACAAAAGAGAUGAAUGAAUUUAUCCAUAAAGAGCAAAAUAGUUUAUCACUACUAGAAGCAAGAGAAGCAGACGGUGAUGUGGUUAAUGAAAAGAAAAGAACUCCAAAUGAAACUACAUCAGUUUUAGAACCAAAAAAAGAGCAUAAAGAAAAAGAGAAACAAGGAAGGAGUAGAUCCGGAAGUUCUAGUAGUGGCAGUUCCAGUAGCAAUAGCAGAACUAGUAGCACAAGUAGUACUGUCUCUAGCUCUUCAUACAGCUCUAGCUCAGGGAGUAGUCGCACUUCUUCUCGAUCUUCUUCUCCUAAAAGGAAAAAGAGGCAUAGUAGGAGUAGAUCUCCAACAAUUAAAGCUAGACGUAGUAGGAGUAGAAGUUACUCUCGUAGAAUUAAAAUAGAGAGUAAUAGGGCUAGAGUAAAGAUUAGAGAUAGGAGGAGAUCUAAUAGAAAUAGCAUUGAAAGAGAAAGACGAAGAAAUCGGAGUCCUUCCCGAGAGAGACGUAGAAGUAGAAGUCGCUCAAGGGAUAGGCGAACCAAUCGGUCCAGUCGCAGUAGGAGUCGAGAUAGGCGUAAAAUUGAUGAUCAACGUGGAAAUCUUAGUGGGAGCAGUCAUAAGCACAAAGGUGAGGCUAAAGAACAAGAGAGGAAAAAGGAGAGGAGUCGAAGUAUAGAUAAAGAUAGGAAAAAGAAAGACAAAGAAAGGGAGCGUGAACAGGAUAAGAGAAAAGAGAAACAAAAAAGGGAAGAAAAAGAUUUUAAGUUCAGUAGUCAGGAUGAUAGGUUAAAAAGGAAACGAGAAAGUGAAAGAACAUUCUCUAGGAGUGGUUCUAUAUCUGUUAAAAUCAUCAGACAUGAUUCUAGACAAGAUAGUAAGAAGAGUACUACCAAAGAUAGUAAAAAACAUUCAGGCUCUGAUUCUAGUGGAAGGAGCAGUUCUGAAUCUCCAGGAAGUAGCAAAGAAAAGAAGGCUAAGAAGCCUAAACAUAGUCGAUCGCGAUCCAUGGAGAAAUCUCAAAGGUCUGGUAAGAAGGCAAGCCGCAAACACAAGUCUAAGUCCCGAUCAAGAUCAACAACCCCUCCCCGUCGUAAACGCUGAGGAAUGAUGUGGCAAGAAUGCCAUGAUGUUUAAAAAAUUCCAUGAGUUUUAAGGGCUUGUCUCAUUAUAGAGGCACAUUGUGGCUGUGUAGGUGAAACCAGAAUCUUUUUUUUUUUAAUCUGUAAAUAGGUGUACUUUUUCCAAAUGCUGCUCCAAGUUACUUAAUAGGAUUUCUUUGUAUUACAUUUUUUCAAAAAAUAGUGCGUAAGACUAUAAACACGCCAUUCUCUUUCAGCUGUAAUGUUCUUAAAAUUAUUCUUGAAUGUACUGUGAUGUCAAUAAAGCUCUUUAGUUCAUUUUUGUUAA